AGUCGUACGUCGUUUCCAGACCCUUCGUGUCUAUAGAACUCAGUCCCCUGAUCGUAACAACAUCGAUCGGACUCCAGUUUCAGUGCCGAUUCCUGCCCUCGACGUGGUUUAGGCCCGUCCCCGACCCCCUCGCUUGUUUCCUUCGUCGGUCGUGACCUUUCGUGUCGACCCUCCUUGCUUCUCCCCACGCGAUACUUUCGGAAACUUUCAAGGACGAUCUUGUCCCAUUGCUCGAUAUGCAGCAUCCUGACUCCGCGCCGAAUGGCCCUGGUUCGAACCGUUUCCCUCCAUACGGCAAAGCGAACAUGAAUGGCGCGAAUAUGAACGGUGAUGGUACCGGAUUUUCUCACGGAGCCUUUCACGGGAACCAGCCCUCGUUCGGAGAUCGUCACUUGCAGCGCCCGAAUAUCCCCAAUAUCAACACGGGGCGAAUGGGAGGCGGCAAUCAACACGGUCAUGCACCAGGCAGCAGCGACAUGCAAACGCCUGGAACCGCAUAUGACAUGAAUUUCACCCCGCUGUUGCCUUCCCAGCUCCUUCUAGGCAGCCCUUUUCAGCCUGGAUCCCCGAACGCCUUCACUCCUCAGUUCCAGAACUUCUCCACCUUUCCGAAUCAGGGAUCUGUCACUCAAUCUCAGCAACAGACCCAACUCGGUAGUCCGACGCAGGGGCAUACCAAUCUUUCGCCAACCAUGUAUCAGAACCUCAUGCAACCCGCCGCUGUCGGUGCUGGCAACUUCUAUGGUGCUCCACAGUCUCCCACUGGAGGAUACGGAAAUCUCGGGAACCACACCCUUGGUGGUUAUGGCAAUCCGUUGGGCUUGUCCCCAGGAUUGAUGUCCGGGACGAGCCGAACCGUCUAUCUUGGCAAUAUCCCCCAAGACACUACCGCGGAGGAGAUCCUAGGACACGUUCGAAGCGGCCAAAUUGAGUCGGUCAGACUCCUACCGGACAAGAACUGCGCUUUCAUUUCGUUCCUUGACAGCAGCUCGGCGACUCACUUUCACUCCGAUGCCAUCCUCAAGAAACUUGCCAUCAAGGGGCAAGAUAUUAAGAUCGGUUGGGGAAAGCCAUCGCCGGUGCCUACUUCGGUGGCGCUUGCAGUCCAGCAAUCGAAUGCGUCCAGGAACGUGUAUCUUGGCAACUUGUCCGAGGAUAUCACCGAAGAGGAAAUUCGAGAGGAUCUUGGCAAAUUCGGACCGAUUGACACCGUCAAGAUUGUGAGGGAGAAGAACAUUGCCUUUGUACACUUUUUGUCCAUCGGGAAUGCUGUCAAAGCCGUGGCUCAGUUACCGCAAGAAACCAAAUGGCAGGCUCCACGACGUGUGUUCUACGGAAAGGACCGUUGCGCAUAUGUGUCGAAGACGCAGCAGCAGAACGCCGCUCAAUAUCUCGGAAUCGCGCCGGGUUACGCUCACGUGCUGAACGGUGCGGAUCGCGACCUGAUUUCGAAUGCGUUGGCUCAGCAGUCUGUUGCAGCGGCAGCGGUGGCAACAUCGGCCGGUGGUGUCAACAAUCUGGGAAAUCGGACGGUGUACCUGGGGAACAUUCACCCUGAGACGACCAUCGAGGAAAUUUGCAACGUGGUGCGUGGUGGAUUGCUCCAUCACAUUCGGUACAUUCCGGACAAGCACAUCUGCUUUGUCACUUUCAUCGAUCCCACUUCUGCGGCUUCUUUCUAUGCCCUUUCGAACGUACAGGGCCUGAUGAUCCAUAAUCGGCGUCUCAAGAUCGGCUGGGGCAAACACUCCGGUGCGCUUCCCCCCGCAAUUGCACUCGCCGUGAGCGGUGGCGCAUCUCGAAAUGUGUACAUCGGCAAUUUGGACGAAUCGUGGACGGAGGAUCGACUAAGGCAGGAUUUCUCAGAGUUCGGCGAGAUCGAGCUAGUGAACGCGCUUCGGGAGAAGAGCUGUGCAUUUGUCAAUUUCACGAACAUUGCGAAUGCCAUCAAGGCCAUCGAAGCGGUGCGUGGAAAGGAUGAGUACAAGCGAUUCAAAGUGAAUUUCGGCAAAGACCGCUGCGGCAACCCGCCCAGGCAAAUGGGUCAACACAAUCAGCAGCAGCAACAGGCGCAGAUGAACAACGAAGAAGUUGGCUCACCCAACAAUAUGCUCAACGGCCAUCAUGCUCCCCCUCCGGUUCAGGCUCAGGCCCCCACUCCUACAUCGAUUCUCAACCUUGGCAAUAACAAUCCAUUGUUGAUUUACCUGCAACAGGCACAGCAGCAGCAACAUCAGCAGCAGCAGACUGCUUACGACGCCAACACCUCCGGGCACGCACCGACUUUCCCGACCGCUGGCAAUGCUGCCUCCUUCUACCCAUCUAACUCCCCGAGCCCGCCCCAGGGCACCUCGACCAGUUCCAACCCGUCUCAUGCUUCCCACGGGCCUAGCGCUUCUUUUUCGCUCGGAUCUUCCAUGAAUAUGGGCUCAAACUCGAUGGCUAACCACCAGCAUACCCACUCCCAUGCACCCAUUCAAUCUUCCAUGGCCAUGUCCCCUCAACCCUACAUAAACGGGAACGGAACUGCGAACGGAGCGUCCGGCGCAACCACCGUCAACGGUCUUCUCGCGCCCACGAACUCCGGCGCGGGUGCACGGGGCCAGCACGCUCGCGCGGUGAGCCUUCCGGUCUUCACCCAGGGCAACGGCCAACACCCCGCGGCGACCCAGCAGGGACCGAUGAUGGCCGGCUCGCAGGCCGGCAUGAUGCCCAUGGGCAAUCCCUUCAGCGGCAUGACGAACGGCGGAUACGGCGGCAAUCAUUACGGGCUCGCGAUCCAAGGCGACAGCAACGGGGCGGGGAAUCUCCCGGGUUGGGCGGAGGAAGAGAUCGGUGGCGGCGGCAUGGCCAUCGGCGUCAACGGCGGGAUGUGAGCAUCCUCCG